UUCCGAGAUUGGCCGAGGGGGGAAGCCAUCCGGCCAAUGGAGGGAAAGCCGCGCAGGUGUCGUCAGGGGUUGCCAGGCGGAACAGUCCCAGGCUGCCCCAGGUGGAAAGCGAAAGUUCGGAGGUUCGGAGGCUAGUGCUCCACCUUGCCCCCUUGCCCCGGGGGAAGAGCCGGGCGCGCUCCCGCAGGAGAAUGCCGCGGGGUCGCAGGCUCCUGUCUCUCCUCCGUUGGGGGGCGGCUCUCCUGCUGCUGGGGGGCCGCCUCGUUGGACGGGGUGCUGCUGCUUCACACUCCCUUCGCUAUGUCGGCACGGUGCUUCCAGAGGCCAUGCACGGGCUGCCCCAGUUCUCACUUUUGGGGUACGUGGACGACGUGGUCAUCAGCCGCUACGACAGCAGCACCAGGAAAGAAUGGCCGCAAGCCCGUUGGGUAAAGGAGAGCAUGGAUGCCCACUUUUGGGACACGAAGACUCAGAUAUCGAAGGGUGAUGAGCAGGAAUGUGAGAUGGCACUGGAAAUGUUUCAGAAUCACUACAACCGGAGUGAGAGUUUCUCCUGUUUGCAGUGGACAUAUGGCUGUGAGCUGAGUGAUGAUGGGCACAAGAAUGGGUUCGACCGUCUGGCCUAUGAAGGGAGGGAGGUGAUGUAUCUCAACCUGGAGACCCUAACCUGGGUGGCGACAUCCAGAGCCAUACCUGAUGUGAUCCGGAAGUGGUGGAAUGCAGACAAGGCUUAUAUCGAGUCGCAGAAGGUCUACCUCGAGGGAGAAUGCAUUGAAUUGCUGCAGAGAUACUUGGGCUACGGAAAGGAGCUGCUGCUCAAGAAAGAGCCUCCGGUGGUGAAAGUGCUGCGCAGGGUGGACUCUGGCGACCAGGAAACCCUCGUGUGUAGGGUCUACGGAUUCUACCCCAAGGAGAUUGAGGCCACCUGGAGGAAGGAUGGGGAGGUCUGGAUGGAGGACACCUUCCACGCUGGCAUCCUCCUGAACUCAGAUGGGACCUACUACACCUGGCUUAGUGUCCAGAUUGACCCCAAAGAUGUGGGCCUCUACCAGUGCCAUGUGGACCACAGCGGUCUGGACGAGCCUCUGGCCGUUGCCUGGGAAGAGACGGAUGGCACAGGACUCAAUACAGGACUCAUCAUCCUCAUCGUGGGGGCUGCAGCUCUUGUUCUGGUGAUGGUCGUGGUGGGAAUCAUCUUAUGUCUCAAGAGAGGCCGAAAACACAACGUCGCCUACCAAAUAGCCUCUGUUUUUGACAGAACCAAAUCACCCUUGAAAAAGGUGACUCGACCUUCCCUCCACCCUUGAGAAAGAACCCAAGAGAACUAGAAGUUUCCUAACAGUGGAAGUUUUGUUGUACUGCUUGCUGACCAUGAUCAUCUUCCAGUCAUCUUGAGGUGAUACAUGGGCCUCUCCUUUUCCUAACUAAUUCCGUCUUGAUUUUGGGGACUGGCUGAAACAGUAUCAUCUUGCUUUCUCCCAUCGAACGAAUUAUAUUUUACUGUGUCGUCUGUUACUAUGCCAGCAAGCUAAUUGCCUUCCUGUCUGUCAUUCAUGCUUUCAAUUCGCUCCCAAAUCAUUUCUGUAAUUUCAUUUUGAUAAUCUGGUUACUUUCGGAUGGAAAAAAAAUGAGAGGAAAAGAAUGAAAAAUGUAUAAGAUAUUAAUAGAAGCAGAGGAUCAACAAGAGAUUUUAAAGAUGAUAUAGGAAGUAGAUUUGAAAGAAGAAAUAAAUAUUGAGAAGCGGAAGAAUAUAUGGAUUUUUAAAAUUGUUUAUCUAUAAGAAUAAAAUAAUUUUAAAAAACAUUUUUGGAGAUGGUCCUUAAAAUUAGUAAAACUGAAUUGUAUGGAUAAACAAAACAUUCUAAGAUAUGUUCAAAACAUGGUCAGGAAGGGGAGUCUACCUUCACAUGUGUUGGGAAUGUGAAUAUAUAUUGAAAUUUUGGAAGCUGUUUUUUAAAGACGUAAGCAAAAUAUUAAAGUUAAAUCUAAGAA